CUAAAGAAGAAACAAUUAUGGGUAUCUGCACAUCAAGAAAAAACGUUCAAGAUACAAGAAAGAUCAGCUCUGAGGCAUUUGCCUUGAAAGGAAACUUUGUCUGAAAAUUCUGUGGUGGUAAAUAAAUGAUCCAAAGAGAAUUGGAAGAAAUGAAAGAAUCCUGCCAUUAAAGGCCUUCACUCAAAUUGGAUUAAUAGUAACAUCAUUGCUUCGCAGAGGCUGUCUGAUAGGCUCAUCGAGGAGUACAAAAUAGCCGAUCAAUUUAAAAAGAUGCACGUCAAAGCUAUAUUUAACCUCCAGGAGCCUGGAGAACACGCCAGUUGAGGUGAUGGACUUGUAAACGAAAAGUUAGGCUUCUCUUACACUCCUGAAAAAUUACAGCACGGAGGUGUCUCAGUAUAUCUUUUCCACUGGAGAGACUUAACUAAUCCCAAAUUCAGCGACCUCAUGAAGAAUGUGACUUUGAUAGACUAUCACAUCAGCAGGGGAGAGAAAAUACUUGUUCAUUGUCAUGCUGGACAAGGUAGAACAGCUGUUGUAAUAGCAACUUACUUGCUCUACAAAAAUAUAACGACUACUGUUGACGACACCAUCAAAUACAUCCGUGAUAAGCGUCCACAGUGUUUAAAAUAAAUACUAUAAUAAGAAAUUCCUGCAUGAGGUGAAGGAAAAUCUCGACCAGUGCAGACAGAUGUUUCCAAAGAAAGGAGAAGCCUGGACCAUCACAGUGGAAGAUAUCAUAAAGAACCAGCUGAUUUACUUCCACGGACCUGAACGAAUCAAGUAUAGGCAUAUUCCUAAGGUCAUUGACCUGUCCCUUGCUAAGCUGACUCAGUUGAUCAAAGGAGGUCAUUACACAUGUGAAGAGAUCAUAGACUGCUUUACGCUUAACGAGAAUCUUAAACAAAAGUUCCAGUUUGAUAAAGAGCUAGAGGCUCUCAAGGAGGACAUCAACAAUGGGGACUGGCACUCAUUGAUCCAGAGUUCAAGCGAGCCUAAAGUAAUCGCUCAGCUGUUCUUGGAUUUUUGUGAGGAGCUCUCGGCACCAGUUGUGUCGAUCCAUCAUCUUAAGGAUGUAGAUACAGCUUAUAAGCACAGCUUUAAUAAGUAUUCAAAUACUGAAGAAGGAGAUGAUAAGAAAGCACUCCAUGAGAUCUUCGAAAAUGAUGUCAGAGUUAAUAAGAAAAAGGUGACAUUUACCACGAUCUGAAGAGUCUUAUCAUUCAUCCUCCUGUUCUCUGACUGCGCAGACCAAAGUUUAUUAGUGGACCGAAUUGUCGUUGCUCUGAUGCACAAGAAAGCUCAUGUUGGUGAGACUAGCUUUGCUGGCAGGUCAUUCAUCAGUUCUGUAGCUGAUGAAGACGAGGACAUCAAUAUCCUCUCUAGCGUCCUUAAGAUGGGGAACAACAGGCCUACAAAGCUGCCUCUGAUCGGGUCCCAAUCUGUUUCUAACAAUGCAAGGUUUGGGGUGGGAAUAAUGACUCCUGCAGAAAGAAGAGUAAAUGAUUUCUUAGAACAGAUUAACCAACUUGAUGAAGAAGACCAAGAGGUAUUCAUUAAAAAGCUAGAUAUGAUCUCAGUCGAGGCUGACGACCACCUCAAAUCUCUAGGUCUCAGCCCAGCAAGGCAGAGGUUCAGAGAAAUCAUACCUGAAGAGCCUGAAUCAGGGGUUGUCGCUGACGAUAAUAUUAUCGAAUUAGAAGAAGUAAAAGAGAAUCUUCACAACUCCAAAACUCCCUUCCAAGAUUCUUCUGAGACACCAAAGCAGACAGACGAGGAUGACGCUUCUGAGGAGAUCGUCAGCAGAAAUAAAGGCCUUACUGUUGAAAAGCGAGGACAUGAAAAUGAGCAAGAAGUGGGGAAAUAAA